AUGGCGACCCCGCCACCAGUCACCUCUCACGAUGAGUACAGACCAAGAUAUGUUGAUAUUGGAAUUAACCUUGCCGACCCCAUUUUCAGAGGCAUUUCCCACGGCUCCAGACGGCACCCUGAUGAUCUGGGUGCUGUCAUUUCAAGAGCAAACGAAGUUGGUUGCUCGAAGCUCAUCGUCACGGGUUCAGACUUUCAGAGCUGCCGAGAUGCCUUGGCGAUAGCCAAAGAAUAUCCCGGCAAUGUAUACACGACCAUCGGUAUCCAUCCCUGCAGCAGCGCCAUCUUCAGUACCGCCGAUGCCAACCAUGAUGCCAUGCAUUCGAACCCUGAUCCAGAAACACCCAUGCCGGACACCAACGGCCCGGACGCUGAAAAGACCGAGACGAUCAUCGCCGAUCUCGCCGCCCUCAUUGAGAGCACCCGCGCGUCCCAGCCGGGUAGCCUCGUCGCAUUCGGCGAGUUUGGGCUCGACUACGAUCGCCUGCACUAUGCCUCCAAGGCUGUUCAGCUAUAUGCCUUUGCCGCCCAGCUGGACCUCGUCCUCGCCACGAAGCCCCAGCUGCCCCUAUUCUUGCACUCGCGCGCCGCCCACGAAGACUUCCGCCGGCUUUUGCAGGAGAAGUUCGGCCCCGGCUUGGAGAAGCUCGAGCGCGGCGGCGUCGUGCAUAGCUUUACCGGCUCCAUCGAGGAGGCGCGUGAGCUGAUGGACCUGGGGCUGUACAUCGGGAUCAAUGGUUGCAGCUUCAAGACGGCGGAGAAUUGCGAGGUCGUCAAACAGAUCAGCCUGGACAGGAUGAUGCUGGAGACGGACGGGCCCUGGUGCGAGAUCAGACCGAGCCACGAGGGCUACAAACUGUUGUUAGAGAAGAAGCCAGAGACAAACGGCGAGGCCGCGCCGGCUGAUGCAUCGAAGCCACAGCCCAAAUCGAAGAAGAACCAGAAGAAGGAGCCCGAGAUUCCUGAGCGAUGGAAAAUCGUGAAGAAGGAGAAGUGGCAGGAGGGCGCCAUGGUCAAGGGCCGCAACGAGCCCUGCAUGAUUGAGCGCGUGGCCAAGGUAGUGGCGGGCAUCAAGGGGGUUUCGGUAGAGGAGGUAUGUGAGGCCGCUUGGAAGAACACGAACAAGGUCUUUGAUUUACAAGCGUAG